GAUCACUGACCAUAAUCGCCAAAGACAGUUUGGAUGCAGAGAAACAUCAGAGAUCAGUGAAGAGACUUCAUCCAGGUUUCACUCUGAAGAAUGGCAAACAUCUCUGUUAACACCACCCUCCUGAAUGAAACCAUUGACUAUUAUGAUGACCUUCUGGAUGAGUAUUAUGACGACUACAACACCCUCCUGAACGACAGCUAUGUUGACCCCUCUCAGGCUGAGUACCAUAGAUAUGUCAACUUCAUCAUGCAUGUAGUGACAUACAUCAUCAUUGGUAUCGGUCUCCCUUUGAUACUCAUGGCCAUCUAUGCUCUCUACUCUCAGGUAAAGAAUGGUCAUGUGGCUCCAAUCUACAUCAUCAACCUUCUCAUAUCUGACCUCAUUCAGUUCUGCUGUCUGAUCGUUGCUCAGUCAGAAACUGUGGGAUGGACCUUCACUGUGGACCGUACUUACAGUUGUGGUCUAUUAACUAGUGUUUGCUUCAUGGUGUGUAUUUCACUGGAAAGAUAUUUGGUCAUCGCCCACCCACUGUGGUACCGCUUCAGACGAACCAUCAGGAUCUCUGUGGCGGUCUGUGUUGUAGUCUGGAUCAUAUCUCUUGUCUUGAUUUUUACUGUGUUUCUCUGGGUUACUAAGUUUGUCUUAGACAUCAUCCUCUCCAUCUUCUUCAUCAUUCCCUUCCCACUGUUCAUAUUCUUCCUGGUUGGGACCCUCAGAGCUCUCUCUACUUCUGUCUCAGUCCCCUCUGGGGAAAAACAGAGAAUCGUGGCAAUCUUAGUCCUGGUGCUGCUGAUUUAUACUCUGCUGUUCCUGCCUUACGUUAUUUGGCUCACUGCAGGAACAUACACCCAUGAUAUCACUCUACCUUUUCUUUCCCUCAUGUUUGUAAGGCUGAGUCCACUUGCAGACUUACUUCUGUAUGUUUUCAUCAGAAAAGAGACCUUUGGGAAGCUUUGGACCUCUGUGUGCUGUUGCAGAAAAAAGAACAAUGACACCAACAACACCAACACAAUCAAUCUAGACCACAUGUAGACCAGUGGUUAUCAGUUAGGGGGGCGGAGCCAAGAAGUAGCUCAUUGAUCUGUUUUCAGAAGGUCACAAAU